AAUUACCUCCCAUCCCAGGCUUCUACAAGUUGAUAUACAACCUAAGUCAGCGCCGACGGCAAGAUGUCGCUAUCCCAGCUCUCUAGACUGCUCCCACUCCCCGACUCCGAGCUCCAGCAAGUCCUCGAGUAUGCCGCGACACUGUCGAAACACGAGGCAGUCGAGCACUUCUCCAAUCUGUUAGGUGACUCACCACAAGUCGUCGACUUCAUCUCCUCCUUCAACUCGCAACGAGCCGAUCCCGGUGCGAAAACUCCAGCUCCAGCUCCAGCUGCAGUUACUGCAGCUUCUGCACCGGCAAAAAUAAACCGGAGUAGCGAUAUCGACGCAGUACCCAAGCCACAACGUGGGUCGAAAAAGAAGCGUCCUCUCCACACACCUGCUCCGCGACAGGUCGUAGCCCCCGGCCCGGCGCCCGGAUCGGCUUACAACAAGAAAAGCCGCGAGGAUGACUACAUAUCCAGCAGGCCGGGCACAUCGACGCCAUCCAAUGGCGCACCUGGCCCUACAAAUCAGCCAGUCCCCAAGUCCGCAACACCACCGCCGCCCCGGCCGUCGGCAGCAGGCACCCUAGUGUCAGAACUAGGGCUUCCCAAGCCCAAGCCCAAGCCAAAGUCAACUCCCUCGUCCCGGAGCUCGACACCGGGGCCAAGCUCGAGAAGCACGACCUCGGCCACCAAGAUCUCCAUCGCGGGCGGCACGCCCAUGCACGGGGCCUCGACGGCGCUCGCGGACCUCGACGACGCGAUCCGCACGCUCGAGGCGACGACGAACCCGACGCACGCGUCCAACUCGGCGGCGGGCACGGCGGCGCGGCGGUGCAACUGCGUCGCGGCCCGGCACCCGCUGCAGACGGCGGCGCCCAACUGCCUGUCGUGCGGCAAGGUGGUGUGCGUCAAGGAAGGGCUGGGCCCCUGCACGUCGUGCGGCGCGCCCCUGCUGGGCGCGGCCGACGUGCAGUCCAUGAUCCGCGAGCUGCGCGAGGAGCGCGGCCGCGAGAAGAUGGUCGCCGACAGGGGCGCGCACCGCAGGGCCGCCGUCGCGGGGCCGGGGAGGUCGGCGGGCCUGGCGGGGCGGCUUGCGGCGGCGGGCGGGGAUGUCGGCGGCAGUGGUGGUGGUGGUGCGGCGGCGGAGGUGAGGGCUAGGGAGCAUCGGGACAGGCUUCUCGGGUUCCAGGCGCAGAACGCGAGGAGGACGACUGUCCGGGACGAGGCGGCGGACUUUGACGCGACGGUCGGGGGGAGCAUAUGGGCGAGCCCCGAGGAGAGAGCUAGGGAGCUGAAGAGGCAGCAGAAGAUGCUGAGGGAGAUGGAGUGGAAUGCCCGGCCCGACUACGAGAAGCGGAGGCAGGUGGUCAGCAUCGACCUCGUGGGCGGGAAGGUCGUCAAGAAGAUGGCCGCCAUCGAGCGGCCGCCGAGCCCGGAGGAUAUACCCGAUGAUGCGGAUGGAGCGGGCCAUGCGCUGGAGGAGCUGGAUUCCAACCGGACCUCGGGGGGUGGCGCGUUCAGUAGGAAUCCAUUGCUCGGCGGCGUGAUCAAGCCUGUAUAUGAUGCCAAGGGGAAGGGCACAGAACUAGAAGGGAGAAGGGAUAAGAAGACCAGGUGGCGGAGGGUCCAAGACGACUUGGACAACAACGAAGCUGUCAUACUGGAUGGGGGAAUCUACGGAGGAGGCGGAGAAGUUUCCCAAACGGCAGGCGGGGAUGAACCUAAUUGUGGAUGAUAGCCAUGAUAGCUUCGAAGUUCCCAAGGCAUGUGGCCACAUCGUCGCGGCUUUAAAGUGAAUUGCCAGUCAGGCAUACCUAUCUCGUGAAGGAGGUGUUGGGAAUAGCAAGGUUUGAGAGCAACUAAAACUCUUGCUUGAUUCAUCACCACACCUCUAAACCUCCACAGACAACGUUAUGUAGACCGUAAGGAGUAUAGAGACGCGAAAGCUGAAUAACCUAGUCAUGUCCGUAGAUAUCCCCAAGUCGUCGUGCUAUAUAUAUAUAAAUAAGACACAAACACGCACUCCAUUUUAGCAUAUAUAUCCACCUUACUUCAUUUUCAGAUAGAAGCACUUG